AAGUAACCGAUGUUUUAGUAAAACAGGCUAUCAGAUAUUUCGAUACAAACGUGAAUUAACCAACUGGAUUCGUGUGAUAAAAUGUUUCGUCACUUUACUGUGUUGUGGAAAUUGACUCAUAUACCUAUCAAAAUGUGAAAUUUAAAUGAACUAUUUCAAGAAUAACGACUGCACAGCAACCAAGUUGCAUAUUUCGCGAUGUCGGACAUGUUAACUUUAAGCGAUGCCGACCGUUACAACAAUGUAUUACAAAUGCUGAUACGAUGUUGUGUUAAGGUCACGAAAAGGCUUCUGUCAAUGUUUGUGUCUUUACUUGGCUACACGUGUGUGGAUCAGUUCCUUUCGAGAGAAAAAGCUCAUGUAUUAAAGAUGCCAUCUGCUUCUUUGCAAAAAAACCAAGACAUAUUAUAUCCGCCAUCUGGGACACAAACGCAUAUCGAGAAAUGGGACAUGUCCUUACUAAGUUGUGUUUUUACUCACGUUCAAAGGAAGCUCUUGUGCUAUGAAAUCGCAGAUCCAAUUGAUCCAGUUCUUAUACACUACAAACUCGAAGUGCUUGCAACAACAGUGGGUCAACAAUACGAAGACAAACUUUACCCUAGGUCCGGAAAGCCAACAGAGCUGAACACAUGGAAUAUGUCUUUAUGCUCUUGUCUUUUCUCGGUGUUGUGUCCCAAACCACAAACAUUAUAUGUUAGAUUAGCAGAGUCCUUGAAUAGUUUGAGAGAGAUGAGGAACAAUCUUUGUCAUUCAGAAAGGUUAGAGAUGGAACAUUUAGUUUACGAAGAACACAUGCCUGUUUUAAAAGAGUUCAUUUCCUCGGGGCUGACAUAUAUUGGGGAUGUUGCUUUUGAAACUGAAAUCAAGGAGGACAUGGAUGACAUUGAACAUGGCAAAAUGAGAAGUUAUGUCGCGAUUGAUCAUAAGCAUCUUCAAGAGUCUUAUGAUAGUGACAGAGAAACUAGUCAAAGGUUGGACGGCUUAGAAAAAGCUGUGCAACAGCUCACAUAUCAGUUACAGAACGAUCAAGGCGAUAAGACGCUUUCGAUGUUUUUCGCAAAACUAAAAGAUGACCAAAGACAUCUCCUCUAUUCAUCUUUUGCGGACGUUUUUACGCAGCUUGUAGAAAAAAAUGCACCUGAAAUUGUUGGAGAAAUACAUCCGGACAUGAAAGCUCUUCUUAUCCAUACCAUCUGUGAGACCUGGAGGAUUUUUGACAAUCCUUAUGAUUUUUUAAAGCUGAGAGAAAGCGAAAAAAAGAAAAAAUGUAUGAAGCCACAAAGAUUGACUCGAGCUCAAUGAUGUGCGUAUUGGAAAUGCUGAACCAAAGGUUGGUUCCCUUAGAAGAAAAACAACAAGGUGACAGUGUUCGCAAGAGUCUUGAAUGGAAUUUAAGAAAAAGUCAGCACAACAUACACAAUGCCGGGUUAGUACAUGUGCUCCGCAAAUAGUUGACACAUUUUAUGAUGGGGCAAAUAUAUGUGAGUCUUAAAGCCGGUAUUCAAUGUGAAUUACGUCAGCAUCCUAAGUCUAAAUAUAAUAACAUUAAACUUACCGUACCAAUUUGAACUAUUUCUCAUGGAAAUGAAACAACUUAUUUAAUCCAGUAAAUGUGAAAAACAAUUGCGGCUCUUGAAAGGAGUUGUUAAUUAUCAGAUUCGUUUUUUACUUUCUAUUAUUCUUGAUUCUUUUUGCGAACACAUGAAAUACUAUUUUAAUUUUGAGAUAUGGAUGUGGUAUACGUAUGCGGCUUACUAACGCAGUUAGCAUGUAUAUGGAAAACCGGCGUUAUGCG